ACCAGCCUUCCCCCCGUCUGUAGGCUUACCACUCAACCUUAAUGGACUCGGACACCAAGCUAGUUGGGAACAUGGCACUGUUACCCCUCAGAAGCCAGUUCAAAGGCCCAGCACCUCGAGAAACUAAGGACACAGAUAUUAUAGAUGAAGCCAUCUACUACUUCAAAGCCAAUGUUUUCUUCAAAAAUUAUGAAAUUAAGAACGAGGCUGACAGAACACUGAUCUACGUAACCCUCUACAUUUCUGAGUGCUUGAAAAAACUGCAAAAAUGUAACUCCAAAGGCCAAGGAGAGAAGGAAAUGUACACACUAGGAAUCACCAACUUCCCGAUCCCCGGGGAGCCUGGCUUUCCACUUAAUGCCAUUUACGCCAAACCUGCCAACAAGCAGGAGGAAGAGGUGAUGAGGGCCUACCUGCAGCAGCUGAGGCAAGAAACUGGUCUUCGCCUUUGUGAAAAAGUGUUUGAUCCUCAAAGUGACAAGCCAAGCAAGUGGUGGAUCUGCUUUGUGAAGAGACAAUUCAUGAAUAAGAGUCUGUCAGGACCUGGGCAAUGAAGAGGGAAAGUAACACAACGUUAAGCAUUUCCACAGCAAGAUGUUUUGCCUUUGUUUUGGAUACGUUUUGUACCAAGGAGGAAUUAAGUGCUUAUGAAGAAAAAACAAACACAAAACCAAACAACAAACCAGUCAAUGAGGGAUAGAGGGAGAGGGAGGAAAAAGAUAAUUUGAGUGGCAUAAGCAGAUAUUAUUAAGCUGGUGCUUAAUAAGUGAUUUCUAACGUGUUGUUUCAGAUGCAGGCUGCUUCAUUAUCAAUGGCUACAGCUGGCGUUUAAAACAGGGCUUGUAUUUAAGAGAAGAAAUGGGCUUGUCUGGGGCAAAGGGAGCUGUGUAAUUGCUCUACUGGCUAGAGUCUCCGUAUCGUAUGUCCAUGGAAAACGUACUUGUCACGCUGUGUUGUUGAGUGCAGUGAUUUUUACCUUGUUUCCAAUAAACUUAGCUUGUAAUUAAUG